CGAGUAUUCUCGGUGAGAUUGGCGCGGGAAUAUGAACGGCUCGAUCUUUUCAGCAUUGUUGGUGUUGACCGCGAAAGUAAGUUUCGCAUCCUCCGACGUCCCAGGAGGGGACUUGCUGCAGCGCAGAUGUCGGGGAAUGCUAUACAAGGAUGCUUUCUCGAACUUGAUCAACCCGGUGAACCGGAAAUCUUGUGCUUUCUUCGCUGGACAAGACGCCUAUCUUCCGUACGAGCUCAAAAUUGAAGCCGGAGACAGCGGAACAAAGCUAAUUGGGAACGUAUCGGGAGUUGGGAGUUACGAAGCUUCGAUGGUGACCUGCGGGACGGAUUCGCGCUGUCUGCGGAUCGAGAAGAGUCCCGGAGACAAAAUCAACGGCGCUUACAUGUUCUACUCGAACGCUGCCAUCGAACUCUCAGACGACAAGAAUGCCGACGUCAGCUACGUCGCAUCGCUGGAUUGCAAUAAUGGAGAACCCGGACUCGUAUAUUUCGAAAUAAGACGGGAGCUUUCACAGGAGGAAAUAAUGAGCAUCAAGCAAUUCUACGGGAUCUCGCUGGACUCGGCGAAACUUUCCGACUGCCUGAGGAGCAGUGCGAGCGAUUCUCCGUAAUGAAACCAUGUACCAGCUGAUGUGAAAUAAAAGAGAGUCGAGCUCUGCUCUCCUUAUGAAAUCU